AUGACACUGACAGUUUUCGGUCCCUCCCGAUCUCUCCAACUCGCGGCGCCUCCGCACACAACUCAGCAAAAGAUGACAAGGAAACGGGCAAAGCCCGGCGCUGGCGUCCACCUCGGCCAGUUUCGGCCACCACCGCGCAGUCCGCCUCCGGAGCGGACAGCAGCAGCCAGUGACAGAGCGAUGAGCCCGGCCAACUCCUUCCCAUCAAACCCCGCGCUCCCGCCGCCGGCCAAUCGGCGCCGCGGCCGGCGCGCGCCGCUCCCUCGUCACGUGACCGUGACUAGGGCGGGCAGUUGGGGGCAGAGGCAGGCGGUUGGCGGGAGGAGCUCUGUGCAUCCCUGUGGCUUCCGCAGCCAAAUGGGGUGCUCGUCGUCGCGUCUUACAGGUGGAGUGUCAUUUGUUUUGACUCUUACCAAUAGUUACUUCUUACUCCUCCUCUGCCUCCUGUUUUUCUUUUGGAACCUGUUCUGCAAAGUCUCACUGGCCAAAGAAAACCCCGAAAUUGGUCCUGAUGGCCCUAGACCGCCGCGAGAGAGAGGAGUGGGUUUGACGGUGGAGAUGGGUGCACCUGGACACAAGCCCGCCCUGAAGAGUGCGGGAUCAGCUGUCAUCCAGCCGGCAGCGGAGCCAGUUAAUACUACACAGCUUAGGAGAGACGGGUUCCCAGACAAGCGAGUGAAGAAAUUCAGCCUGGACUCCAGGAGUGCUGGAGACUUUUAUGACUCAUGGACUUCAAAAAGGGUCCUUUGA